GGUACACCGUCCGCACCGACUAGCGUUCGCUUGAUCCAAGAGAACGACCAAUGGAUUGUACGAUGGGAGAAACCGCUGAGUGAUGGAGGUUCAUCGAUCACUUCUUAUGCGGUUGAAUACAGGCCAACAGAGAAUACAGAGUGGGAAAUCGCUGAGCGCGGUAUUGAUGACAACAGCCUAUGGUGGAAACCACCUCAGACAAACUUCGUUUCAGACGAAGCCGAAUUUCGUAUUCGUGCAGCGAAUUCAGAGGGAUUCGGCACGUAUGCAUAUUCGAAACCGCAAUCCGGUAAGUUCUUUGCUACUGUGAAGAUCCACUCGUGUAAUUUUUCGAUAUUGGUAUGA